UUUUUUUCACCAACAAUACAUUUGGAAACUACAAUGAAUUGGGAGAAGAUGUUUAAAGAUGAUGAGUUUAAGGGAACUUGUUUUCCUUCAUGCAUUGCAUUCACAUACUCCUCUUAUGGUGCAGGUUCUCUGUCAUUCAAUUGUUUUUAAAAAACACAUUGAUAGCCAUUUCUAAAAUGUCCCUUGUCAAUAACUUAUGUUUUAUUAUUCUGACACCACAUGAAUACCAAAAGUGCCCUAUCAAAGUUAACAAAUGUACAUAACGGUUUCUUUCGUGCAUUACGCUGCAGCCUUCCACCAAGUAUCAUGACAUUUGGGCCAGUUGUGUUUCCUGCUGACGUACAACAACACAAUGGAGCUGAAAACACAAUGUUUUCAGAAGUAUUUUACACAAUUCACCCUGAAAUGACUCUCCUAAACAAAACAGAAGAUACCGGAAAGUAAAGCUUAUUAGGUAAUGAAGCUCAUUCGGGAAUAGAAAGAGAAACAAACCUCUUGUCUGUCCACACAAAUCUCCCAUUCGUUUAACUUUGACAGAGAGUAACUCGUGUUCAACAAUAUUAUUUGAACUUUCCUAAACCAUGGAAAUAACAUAUUGGAAUAUCUUUAAUAAGGUGGUGUUCCCCUUUAAAAUCAUGCAACUAUAGAGGAGCAUAUCACAUUUUAUUGUAAAAAUAACUAAAGUAUUUAUAUUGAAAAUGAUCAGGCUACUUGAGCAGAGAGAUAUUGUGGCAGUGAGAAAUGUGAAAGACCCUCGGUCUCUAUAAUUGCGCUAAAUGUUGGAAAACGGGAGACAAGCUGCCCUUAAAUGACUUGUUUUCUUUAAUAAUAACACGUCAUUUAUUACAUUUUGAGCUAUGAAAGGCAUUGGUUGAAUGAAUGGCCCUUUUGAGUUCAGUUCAUCAAACUCAGCAUUGUGAUUUCUACUGCUUUUUACCUAUAACACAUAUCAUUUAGGACGAGAAAUAGAAGUUGUGACGACUAAUAGUGCGUCCUUAUGAGUGCAUGUGCAGGAGUGCAAUAUCAAGUAGAGAUGGAUUGAAGGGUUUUAAAUGUCACCUGCUGUGGUGCCUUGUCGUAUCCAAGAGCCAGGUCCAGGAAUGUGGAGACCUCGGUCCUUUCAGACUCUCUCCGCUGACAAAAGACAGUCGGGGAUGCUUUUAUAAGUGCCGCUUUCCAUAUAUACCCGUCUGAAAUAUAAGAUAACAACCUCUUGUUUCGCUAAUGUCAUGCUGCUGAUCUUAUUGGCUCACGACAAAUUUCCUGUGUGUGUUUUUGACUUCCAGACAAAUCUCUAUUAUUGUAGAAAAUGUGUGCUAUUUCUUUUCCUUUAUUUAUUUAUGAUAACUGUUGGAUGAUGUGAGGAUUUCAGGACACUCUGAGUCCAUGAAAGGCAAAUCCAUCCCCCCACCCCCACCGUCUUCCUGGAGUUUCUAUAAAUAACUCCCGAGUGAUUCCUGUAAUAAUCAUUAUAAGCUGUCAGAAUAAACAUUAAGGAAAGGAAGCAGCCACAGAUCUGAUGCUGAUAUCAAAGCUCCUCUGAGGGGCCAUCAUCCUGCAGAGUAUCACGGUAUUCAAGGUAGGGGAUCAAAGGGGGUUUAUAGUCUGGACCCCCAAACACCCCUCCCCCACGUUUACCAUCCCACCUGGGGAGCUGGGAAUGACCCCGGACUGCACAUUCCUCAACUGGUAAAAUGUGUUAUUGUAGGAAUUCUCAUAAAAACCUCUUUAAAACAAAAUUAGAGCUAUAAAAUAAGACUAGGAUUCCAAUCAUACAAAAAUAACCAUCAGUUGUGUUGUACUGUACUCGGGUAUUCCCAUUUUCUGUUGUAUUUCUUUAACUGCAAUACAGUUAUUAAUGAAAAUGAAUGCAUUACUUUUACAGUAUGUCUACACGGCAGUAUUGCCACUAAAGUAAAAUAUCUUAAUACUCAUUUGUUUAUCAUAGAAAACAUUUUCUUGCAACAUCCUGCUUUUUUUUGUUCAUAAAAAAUUGGGCAGUUUUGAUGAACUGAUGAAAUUCUCAUAAAGAAAUCCAAUAAAGUAAAACAAGUAUACCUGAUAAUAAACCAAAUAGGGAACAUGGGCCUUGUCACAAAUACUUAAAUGCAGUACUUAUAUCAGUUUUAAGGUAUUUUAUUUCAGUAUUCCCAAUUUGUGCAACUGUAUACUUGUACUCCACUGAGAUAUUGUUUUCGCUGGAGCAAAAGGUUAAGAAAAUAAUUGUAUAAUCAGCCAAUUAUUUGUAUUGAGCUUCUCUGCAAAAUGAGUACUUUCACUUUUGGUACUUUAAGAAUAUUCCUAUGCUAAAGUUAAGUACUUUUAUUUAAGUAACAUUUUGAGUAUUUCCCACACUGUGGUAUUGUUACUUUUUAAUACCAGAGUACUUCUUCUAAUUCUGCACAUUUACUAUAGAAACUUCUUGCAGGAUUCUGCAUGUUUUUGUCCUGCAACAACUCAAUCAGAUGUCCUGUCCCUGUCUUCAGGUAGGAGCUGCAGUAUUGUCCAGCGCCACAUGGUUGUAUUUGAGUGUAAACAUGGAGAGAAAGAGAGAGGGGGGCUCGGCCACUUUCUCCUCCUCUCUCCAGCCAGAGGAAACAUCUCGUGGCUCCGGCAGGAGAGAAGCCCCUCCCCACAUAUCAUCGCACCAGGCGAGGGUCCUUUUAACUUCAUUGUUGGAGAAGAAGCGACGCCCCGCUUCGCCCCGGCACAGGAUCAAACACCCUCAGAUCAGCACGACCCCCAGCUCUGUUCUCAUGGAAAUCAGACCCUGCCUCCCGGCCACACUUUCUGCAGAGAUGCAAAGUUGAGGCGCAUUCCCAGCCGGGACAACAUUUGAUUAUGACGUCUUGGAGGAGCUGAUCGUUUCAUUUAACCAUUUGUGUUUCUCUUUUGCACCGCUCACUUUCCCUCCUCUCCAACAUGCGGGAUCUGGCGCAGCGCCUUGUUUUCUGCGCGCUGCUCGGCUCUCUUUACGCUUCGUGUCCCCCGCGCUGCGAGUGCUCCGAGGCGGCACACACCGUGAAGUGCGUCUCCAGAGAGCUGCGGGCUGUACCGGCCGGGAUCCCCGGUUACACCCGGAAUCUGUUCAUCACCGGGAACCAUAUCGGCCGUAUCGGCCCGGAGUGUUUCAAAGGGCUGGACAAUGUGACGACCCUUUCUCUGAGCAACAACAGAAUAUCCGAGGUGGAUUCCAACACGUUUUCGGGGCUGCGCAGCCUCCGCUCUCUGGACCUGAGCAACAACCAGCUGGCGAUCAUCCACCCCGAAGCCUUCAUGGUGCAGAACCACUCCCUGCUGGAUCUGAACCUGAGCCGGGCCCUUUACAACCACUCCUCGGUGAUGGACCUGGCCACCUCUCUGCGCUGGAGCUCCCUGGGCGCCCUGAGGAGUCUGGACCUCUCCCACAACGGCCUCAUCUUCCUCCCCUCGCACAUCUUCUCCCACCUCACCAGCCUCCAGCGCCUAUUGCUCUCCAACAACUCCCUCGUAGCGAUCCACAACUCCUCAUUCACCGGUUUGGAGCGCCUGCAGGUGCUCGACUUGACGCUAAACUCCCUGAAGGCGGUGCCGGAGGAGGGCCUUCGAGAGCUGGACUCCCUGCCCAGAGCGGACCUCCUGCUGGGGGAAAACCCCUUCACAUGCACGUGUGGAAUCGAGUCUUUCGCCCUGUGGCUGAACAGAUCUCAGGGACGCAUUAGUGAUGCUGAGAGCCUCGUGUGUGCAUACCCAACGGGCAUGAGGAACACAUCCAUGCUCUCCGUGGUUACGUUAACUCUGGGGUGCCAUCAGAGCGGGGCAGGGGCUGACCUCGCUCUGCAGACCUCUUACGUCUUCUUGGGUAUAGUCCUGGGCUUCGUCGGUCUCAUUUUUCUUUUUGUACUUUACCUGAACCGCAAGGGCAUCAAGAAGCGCAUCAACGACCUGCGGGACGCCUGCAGGGAGGUGUGGGAGGGGUACCACUACCGCUUCGAGAUCGACUCCGACCCCCGGCUGUCGCAGGUCUGCACCAGCGCCGACAUAUAAAAAGGACGGUCACCUCUGUGGUGCAGUUUUUGGAUGAAACUGACUAUUUUUUCUAAUGCGUUUAUCAGUAGCGGAAUGUAAAAAGUGUACAGAUUUGUCUGUAAAUAUAUACAUAGUGUUGUUGAUACAGUAUGUCAGCCUUGUUGAAAGCAUGCACUGCCCAUAUUAUAAAACUAAUGUGCUCUUUUAAUACAGAAUGGGCCUCAUGCAGAAAGAGUUCUUUCAUAUUUUUCCCUAAUGUGUGAACUCCAGAUGCCCCAGGCGUUCCUAACCUUUGUCUUAUAAAGUUGUGCUGAAAGAUAAAUCCCACUUGGUCCAACAUUGGUGGCUAAUUGUUCAUUUCAGCAAAGGUAACAUGCCCUAAGCAUUAAUGAGGUCAGGUGCUGUGCCGUGUGCAAAUACUCUGGCAUAUGCCUCAUAAGUCUUUCAGUUAAAUUCAGCAAAAGUGAAAUUGAGAUACCUUUAAAGGAACUUCAACACAUUAUACUGUGAUUCUCCAGAGUGUUGUACUGGGGUUUUAGGAACAUCCAAGAGCAUCUAAGAGCUGAACGCAUGCCAUGGUUAUCUGUUUAAAUGGUAUUAUGCCUGAUUCAUCAAAGUCUACUUGUAUUGGAAAAAUAUUUAUAGACUGUCAAAACAAAAUGCUUUUUAUCCUAACUUGGCAAAUAUGUUCUUGGCGGCCGCUUGUAAAAUGUUCUCUUAUCCAAGGAAAGAGCAACCAUUGUGGACACAAACAACAAUAAGAGGAAUAUUCUUCUCAUCUGGCUCUCUGCAUGAGACCUGUUUGAUUGUGCUUCAAAGGGACAUGAGUGUCGUACAGGGACUUCAGUGUUUGACAUUUCUUUGUAUUCAUGCCCGCACAAAAGCAAGAGCAAGUGCCUAAAGUCAGCUGAGUAUUGUUCCCUAACCCUCAAGGUGAUCUGAACUCUCUUUCAUUCAUUACUCUGUCACAUCUUAGCUUGUUAUAGCUGCAAUAAAACCCUGACACUACAAAAACAAACCUCUGGGAAUUGAAAGCACAGUCACUCAUUCAUCUUUGAACCAUUUCAAGCCCUUUGGUCCGUGCGUCCUUCAGCCCCCAGGGCGCCACGGAGGAAUUAAGCCUCCAAAGCUUUUCUAAAAUCACCUCUCUACUCCUCUGUGGGAUUCGGAAGGGGAGGGGAGGGGAGGGGGAGCCGAUUCAUUGCAGGCCAGCGGAAAUCUCCUAGCCCCCUCGUUUUUUUCCCUCUCUCUCUCUGAACCAUUGCUUUGUUUCAACUCCUUGAGUUUUAUUGUCAAAAUGAUGAGAACCAGUCCUGGGCUGAGGCCGCUGAAAGCAAUCUCCCCUCCCUCCUUAAAGACAACAGCCGCUCUGGAGACUCUUUGAAAGAAAAGUCUCCACGUUUUUCUGUUUAGUGACUUUUUUUUCUUCCAAUGAUAAGACACAGAUGAUUCUGAAACACCAGCUACAUUGUUUCAUUCAGCAGUUUGCUCAGAACAUACUUUUGGUUUCCACCAUCACCUUUUAUACAAUGGAAAAUGUACUUUUAGUGGAAGAGCAAUUCCUUAGAAUAACAAGAAUGUCAAUACAUGUAUUCUCAGUCGAAUCCUUAGCCUUACACUUUGCAUGCAUGUCUAAAUUUAAAUUAUAAUCUCGCAUUCUCUGUGGCCUUAUGAUGCUACAAAGUGAGACAAACACAGACGGAGAGCGGGGUUGGCAGGCGGCCAUUCCUCAAAGUGUUUAUUGCCCAAAUUGAGAGCUAUCUAUAGGUAUCUGCAACAGAGUAAACAGCCUCCCAUUAUUCAAAGCCAAAGUAGCAUCUUCAUCCUUUCAAGAUGUUCUGCAAACUCCUCUGAUAACCAUCCAGAAAUGUUUAUCACAUGGAGAUUUUCCUGCAUGUGUAAUGACAAAAUAAAGCUUAAGAAAGUCA